AUGACUGAAGUUUUCGAAAGAGUUUUAUUGGGCAAUCGUCAUGACGCCUGUGAUUUAAUAUUGUUCAAUGAACAAAAAAUUGGUCUAGUAGUCAAUGUAACCGAUAACAUUGACAAUCACUUUGAAGGUUGUAGUCAUGUGAAGAGAAAAAUACCAAAACGUGAACAAACCGAUGAGAUGAUAUCACUCUCACAAUCAUCAACUGGUGAGGUGAUUUUUGAUAGUGAGGGACGAAACAUUACUCCAACCAAACAAUCCCAAGAGUUGUUAGGAAAUCCACUUUUAUUCGAUGAUGAAGAAUCCAAUAGUUCAAUGUGUGAAACUACUCCAUUGAGAGAAACCUUGUUCACUACCACAACUUCUGAGAGUGAUUAUCUGGCUAUUCCUUCUCAAGUUUCUGAUAGCUCUGAUUUUUCAUCAGCUCCUUCAGAUCCAAUGUUAACCUUUGAUGAUGAAAAUUCCAUAAUGUCAUCUGUUAGUGCCUCUGAGAAUGAUCCAUUACUUAUCGACCAAACCUCAAUGUCCUCUGUCAUUAGAGAAGAAGCUAGUAACAACUCUCAAGCAACUCCUCAAAAGAGUCAAGAUGAACCAGUAGUAGUAUUUGCCACUCCAAAAUCAAAAGCCAAGACACCUAAGAAAUCAUCUCAAAAGAAGGAACGGAAAAAGGCUGUUCCAGUCUAUGAAUAUGUAAAAUUGGAUCACACUGUAAUGUAUCACAAGAUUUCCAUCGAAGAUUCUCGUGAGAAAAGAAUUGUAGAAUACUUUGAUGAGGCAAUUAGUAAGAUUGAAAUUUUUUUGGAAAAUCAUCCAGAUAUGAAAGUAAUGAUUCACUGUCGUGAAGGUAAAAGUAGAAGCGUCUCUACAUUAAUUGCAUAUGGUAUGAAGAGCCUCAAAUUAUCCCUCCAUGACUGUUACAAUCACGUCACUAAAAAGCUUGAAGGAAAUGAUCGUAUCAAUGAUGGUUUCAAGUAUCAGCUCAUGGACUAUGAAUUGCAAUUGUUAAAAGCUAGAUCUUUUGAAAAUCCAGAUAUUGCAGUUGUUAACUCUUUUACCUUUUUCGAAAAGAGAGGUAGAGGAAGAAAAAUGAAUUAUUCCCUUAAUGAUGACAAUGAUGAUAAGGAUGAUGUUGACUAUGAUGAAGAAGAUAAUUUCGAGGAAGAAGACGACAAUGAGGAUGAAGAUGAUGGAGACUAUGAAGAAAAGAAGAAAAAGCCAAAGAAGAAAACUGGUGGAAGAAAGAAGAAAGGACCUCAAUUUGCCAAAGAUUGGAAAGAUAUCGAUAUCCAAGAAAGCAAACCACAAAAAGGAAAGCAAUUAAGCUUGUUUGAUAUGUUUACAAAGAAGAAUAAGCCAGCACCUACUAUUGCUGCUGAACCAACCCAGCCAUCAAAGCAGGCAUCUCUAGAUUCUCUCUUUAGUCCAAAGAAGCCAAAGAAAUCAUCUACAAAGAAAUCAUCCUCUGCUAAGAAACUAGACUUUGAUAACCUUCCACAAGAGGCCACCAUUCCAGAAGUCAAGGAAGCAACUAGCAACAAUGUUGUCACUGAGCCAAUUGUUCUUAUAGCUGAUGAUAACAAGAUGGAUACUACUGAAGACAUUAAGACACUAGACACCACCUCAAAAUCUGAAUCAUCAGAAAUUGAAAAGUCAGAAGUUAAGGAUGGAAAAAAGAAGAAGAAGGAAAAGGAUCAAAACAAAUCAACCAAAAAGGUUUUCAAGAGAACUCCAAGAUUCUCUACUCCAGAAGAACCAGUAGUUGUUGAAGAGCCAAAGAAGAAGGAAGAAUCCAAGAAGAGAAAGAAGACUGAAGAAUCUGAAUCUAAAACUGAAUCCAAAAAGAAAAAGACCAAGAAGGAAAAGUCAAAGAAGGAUAAAAAGAAAACUGCUUCUGAAACCGAAGCUAAGCCAUCAUCUGAUGAAAGUGCAGCCCAACCAACCACUACCACAACAGAACAAGACACAGCUCCUACUGGCUCUUCUUCUGAAGUUAUGGAACAAGCUCCACUUGAAGCAGAAAAACCAAAGAAGGUUGAAAAACCAAAGACAGGAGGUUUAUUCAAAUACUUUAAACCAAAAACUGUUACAACUCAAUAA